CCAUUCCAUUGGGCAGCAUGGCAAUUAACAGCAUCUCAAAACUGACUCAACUCAACCAGUCUUCCCUGUACUCACUUCCUAACGCACCAACUCUUGCAGACCUGGAGGACGAUACACAAGAAGGUUUGUUAAACCCUUUCCACCCCAGUCACUAAUGCUAAUCAUUAUUGCAUAAUUGCUGUAAUGAAAGAAGCAGGAGAGAAGGUUUCUGAUGCUUGCAUUUCUAAGAAUUUAUCUUUUUUUCUGUUACAUGAUGGUAUUUCGUUUCUAGCUAGUGAGAACCAGCCAGAGAAACCUCACUUUGAUUCUCGCAGUGUAAUAUUUGAGCUGGAUCCUUGCAACGGAAAUGGGAAGGUUUGCCUUGUCUACAAAAGAGGGAAACCAGCAUUAGCACAAGACACUGAGAUCUGGUUCCUGGACAGAGCAUUAUACUGGCAUUUUCUCACAGAUACCUUUACUGCCUAUUAUCGCCUGCUUAUCACCCACCUGGGCCUGCCCCAGUGGCAGUAUGCUUUCACCAGCUAUGGCAUUAGCCCACAGGCCAAGCAAUGGUUCAACAUGUAUAAACCCAUCACCUACAACACAAACCUACUCACGGAAGAGACCGACUCCUUUGUGAACAAGCUGGAUCCCAGCAAAGUGUUCAAGAGCAAGAACAAGACCUUAAUCCCCAAAAAGAAAGGGUCUGUUCAGCCUGCAGGUGGCCAGAAAGGGCCUGCAGGUCCUCCUUCCACCUCUAAAUCCUCCUCUGGCUCUGGAAACCCUGUCCGAAAAUGAGCGCCCCACCUCCAGCUCCCUGCCAGCCCCACAGAGACGAUUUCCAUGCACAGAUGCCCCAGGCGUGGCCCAAGCCUCAGAUUCUGUGUGUGGAACCAUAGUCCUCUCCCCAUCUGAGUGACAAAAUCCUAGGCCUUUUUUACUGCCAUUGGCUUGAGCCAGGAGUUGGAAGGGCAUACUCAGGUCUCCCCAAGAAUCCUUCCCUCAUACCCCUUACAGCAGGUUGUGCCACCUACUGAUUCUGGAAGCUGUGGCGAAUGUAAGGUGUUGUGUGACUAAGUAGAUCUGUUAAAAGAGCUUUCUUCUCGUUCUACUUACUCCAACCCCUUACUGCUCAGCAGUAAUUAGAGAAGUCCCCCAUAGAAACCACUGGUUUUGACCUAUGAGGCAUUAGAACUAUGCUGCUCAAUUGGUAGCCACUUUUUAAAGCAGCUAAAUUUAAGCCAGGUUAAAAAUUCAGUUCCUCAGUUAUAUUAGCCACAACGGGCGUAUUCAUGUGGCUAGUGGAUUCUGUAUUAGCACAGAGAUGAUGAAAUAUUUCUAUCAUCACAGAAAGUUCUAUUGGGCAGCACUGCAUUAGAAAACUUUUGCAUUACCCUUCCUCAGAUCAGUUAAUUUUUGUUAGAAAUAUUGAUACCUUAAUUUGAUGGAUUAUAAUGUUCCAUGCAAAACUUUGAAUAUACAUUUUUUAUGUUCUUUAUAUCCUUCACCAAAAACAGAUCUUGCUUUGCUCAUUUUCAGUUUCCUAUAGUUUCUCAUCUUCACCGGUUUCCUAUAAAGCUUCUUGUUUCCAGUUUUGUGAUGUGAUAUUUAUUUGCACAUUUGCCAAAAUUAUCUUUCUCACUUUUCUUAAAAAGAAGAGGUGAUUCUGCUGUACCAUUAAAACCAAAACAAAACAAAACCUCCCAAGCAUUGCUUUGCCAGGACUCUUCAUGCAGAGUUUUGAUGAAACCAGUCACUGUUGACAAGAGCCUCCACCUGCUUUGCCUACUCACAACUGCUCAACAAUUCAUGGGGUAGCAGAAAAGGAUAGAGAGGAACCAAGUUGUCAAGCAUAAUAGCUGAGGUUUAGUCUUCCAGAAGCAUUUUGCUGCCAAAACUCAUCAAAGGGAGAAUCAGCAGUGCCAGAUAAGAGAGUCCAGCAUUUGGGUGCUUCCCCAAGUCAGGGUUAGAAGGGGAUUGAGACGUUGUGUCAUCUUCCACUGUGGCAGGUGUCCUUCCUCUAGAGAUCAUGGAGCUCCUGAAUUAUUUCUUAAGUCCUGGUCCAGCUCUGGAUUUCAUAAUUGAAGCAACAGAGGAGCCACGAAACAAUGGUGGCCUUCAAAUCCAUGACAGUCAGGUGGAAUCCCGAAAGGGCUGUAGACAGAAGGGGGUUCCAACAAGGAAAGGUUUGAGACCUGCCUCAGGAGGAGCAGAGCACUCAAGAGCAGGAACGGCUACCCAAUAUGUAGGACCCAGUGCAGAAUGAAAAUGUGGGGACUUUUGUCCAAAACUCAGAUUAACGGUACCAUUAAAAGUACUAAUAUGGAGUAGCAAUUCUCAUAUUAGACAAAAUAGACAUUAAAAUAAAGACUAUUACAAGAGACAAAGAAGGCCACUACAUAAUGAUCAAGGAUCAAUCCAAGAAGAUAUAACAAUUGUAAAUAUUUAUGCACCCAAUAUAGGAGCACCUCAAUACAUAAGGAAAAUGCUAACAGCCAUAAAAAAGGGGAAAUCGACAGUAACACAAUAACAGUAGGGGACUUUAACACCCCACUUUCACCAAUGGACAGAUAAUCCAAAAUGAAAAUAUAAAUAAGGAAACACAAACUAAAUGACACAUUAAACAAGAUGGACUUGAUAUUUAUAGGACAUUCCAUUCAAAAACAACAGAAUACACUUUCUUCUCACGUGCUCAUGGAACAUUCUCCAGGAUAGAUCAUAUCUUGGGUCACAAACCAAGCCUUGGUAAAUUUAAGAAAAUUGAAAUCAUAUCAAGUACCUUUUCUGACCACAAUGCUAUGAGACUAAAUAUCAAUUAUAGGAAAAAAAUCUGUAAAAAAUACAAAUACAUGGAGGCUAAAAAAUACACUACUAAAUAACCAAGAGAUCACUGAAGAA